CACACCGAACCCAAAACACUGAGCCCAAAACACUGAGCCCAAAACACCGAACCCAACACACUGAGCCCAAAACACUGAGCCCAAAACACCGAACCCAACACACUGAGCCCUAAACACCGAGCCCAACACACUGAACCCAACACACCGAGCCCAACACACUGAGCCCAAAACACCGAACCCAACACACUGAGGCCAACACACUGAGCCCAAAACACCAAACCCAACACACUGAACCCAACACACUGAGCCCAACACACUGAGCCCAAAACACCAAACCCAACACACUGAGCCCAACACACUGAGCCCAAAACACAGAGCCCAAAACACGAGCCCAACACACAGAGCCCAACAGGAGUAUAUGACCAUUACAUUACUGUUUCUAUUGUAAUUAUUAUUGAAAAAUAAAACUGAUAACAAUAAAAUUACAUUUGUUUUAUAUAUAGUCAGAUUUUAUAUAGAAAUUCAGUAAAACAGACUGACUGCAGCUCUUUAGCAUUAGCAUGCAUCACAGUUCCUCUUUGACUCCUCAUGCAAAGGAUGUUACAAGGUUGUGCAACAGGAGUAAACAAUAAAAAAACUAUAAAAAUAAAAGUUCAUUAAUUGCCUCGUUUAUGUUCUUGACAAUCAGUACCUGUAGCUAAACCUCGGUUCAUCUUAGUUGAUCUAAAUGUUACAAAGUGAAUCAGUUAAAUGUAAUUUAAAUGUUUAUUUUUGACUAAAGUUUGUAAGGUUAGUUCCUCCUCUGUACAAGUCUGACCCGAUCACAGAGUAUUGGCAUGAAAUUGUUUUCAACCAUAAAUUCAGCCAUAAGCAGAAAUAUUAUCAGUAUUUUCAAUGUUCAAGCUGAUAGACAGGAGAUGUUGGUUCUGGUUCUGGUUCUGGUCCUUGUGCUUCAGUUUGAAGGAACCAGAGGAGGAAAAAUUCAUCUCUAUCACAGAGAAGGAGAAAAUGUUGUUCUACCUUCAGAGAGACCUUCAUCAUAUUCCACAUGCUCUAAUAUCAUUUGGCUUUACAACAGAUAUGCAAGCCAAACUCACUCAGUGGUUAUAGAUGGAAAAGUUGUUCAGAGUUCACCUCGAGCUUCCAGGUUAAAAAUGGACAGUAGCUGCUCUCUGAUCAUCAACAACAUCACUGCUGAUGAUGCUGGACUUUACAUCUAUAGACCUGGUCCAGGAACCUCCUCAGAUGACCGUGUCUAUCUGAAUGUUUUAACCAUUUCAGACGCUGAUCCAACAAAGAGAUAUUUCACAUUACAAUGUUCUCUGUGGAGAUACGACGACCUGGAUCCUUGUCCAGAGAAAAGUUUCCUCUGGUUGGAUGAGACAGGAACUGAACUGACCAGUAGAAGAGAUGAUUACAGCUCAAGACAAAGAUGUUUUUCUUCUCUAACUGUGAAGCAUCAGAGCGACACCAACACAAGAUUCACCUGCCAGUUUAUUGAAGGAAACAAAGUGAAGGUUGAAGCUCAAUACACAGAAGUCCAUCUCUACCACAGAGCAGGAGAUGAAGCUGUUCUACCCUGUAACAGACCUUCAUCAUCCGACUCAUGUUCCUCUGUUAACUGGACUUAUAAGAAAAAAGACAACAUGAACAAGGAACAGGAAGUUCCUGGUUCUGCCAGAUUGGACAGAAUCUGUUCUCUGAUCAUCAACAACAUCACAGCUGAGGAUGCUGGACGUUACCGCUGCAGAUAUAAUACAUAUGUUUAUCUAAAUCUGCUGAUCAUCUCUCCACUAGAUGCUGAUCCAACAAAGAAUAACUUCACAUUACAGUGUUCUCUGUUGAGAUACAGAUCAUCAGGUUCUUGUCCAGAUAAAAGUCUCCUCUGGGUGGACGAGACAGGAAGUGAACUGACUGGUGAAGGUGAUGGAUAUAAAUCUGGACGACAGACUGGUUGUGUUUCUCAUCUGACUGUGAAUCUUCAGAGCAGCAGAAGAUUCACCUGCCAGUUUAUUGAAGGAAACGAAGUGAAGAUAGAAGCUCACUAUGGAUCUGAAGCAGGUCCUGCUAACAUCCAAACCACCAUCAUCAUCCUCGGAUCAGUGAUCGUCGUUCUGCUGCUGCUGGUUGUUCUUGCUGCUGUUUUCAUCAAACUCAGGAAAAGCAGAAAUACAGAGGAUCACAAAACCACAACAGAAAAUCAAGAUUCAGCCGUUGAAAAUCAUCAAUAUGAUGAGCUGCAGGCCAACCUGACCUACGCUACUGUUAGCCACUCCAAACCCUCUGAGAAGAUAAAGGUCCAACCGGAUGAAGAAACUGUGACUUAUUCUGCUGUGAGGACUAAAACAAAGACCAAGGCGGACAUCGAUCCCAGCGACCUCUACAGCUGCCUCACUGAGCCAAAAUGAAGAAACAGGAAGUCAGACGUUUAAUAAACCGCCGUACAGGAAGUGAGCUGUUGGGUUUAGGUUUCAGCGACACCAAAGAUUUCAUUUAUUCAUGUUUUGGACGUUUUCUGUUGUUUUUAAGUUAUCAUGAAGAUUUCUUAGCAGAAAUGUACUGUGACUGAGUUAUAUGAUAAAGUUUUGUUAUGUUUGUAAAAUAUGUGGAGUGUAAAUACUGAACUAAAGAGAAGCAGCAUGAAUAUGUAGUAAGUGAUGCAUUAAGAUCCACAAGCAGAACAGCAAAUAUUCAAAGAACAUGUUGACUAGAUGUUAACUUAAAAAUACAACUUUCAAAAUGCAACUAACUCAUAUCUGGUGACUUUUAGUCGGUUUACGCUUUAAGGCUUUGAUCGCUGCAUCCGAACAAACUGAACGUUUAUUUUCAGUUUUGCUCAUUUUCACAUUUUUUUUUUCUGGAUUUAUCUAAAAUGUUUUUUUUUAUUUAUCCCUCGUGAGUUUAUACAGCAGAUUGUUUGGAACGUUUCAGCAAAGCUUGAGUUUAAACCCUGCAGGUUUCCACAUGUUUCACUCUGUCAGCUGCUCUGGCUUCUCGUCCCCUUCAGAGUCCAGUUUAAUGAUCCUGGUUCUGGAUUACUGAGAUCAGCGUGGAAAUGAGACAGAGUUAGUAACAGAGUCGGACUGUGACCGUCUCCCUCCGAGUCUCAGGGAUCUGGACUCCAACAUGUAGUUUCUUUUUAUAAGCUGCUAAAAUCUCCUUUUUUAAACCAGAUAUUCAGUUAAUAUUGUUUUGUGUUUAUUUUAGUAUUGUUUUUAAGAACUAUGUAAAACCUAUUGUGAAAUUGCUAUUAUGUAUGAAAGUUGAAAAUAAACAUUUUCUUUGGUUAUA